AUGUACGCUUUUAAGCUAACCCUCCGGCGCAGCUUCGCAACGACGACCCCGCUACUCACACCCCUGAACGUGACGCUGGUGAUCCUGAUCCUCACGCUCUUGUACCUGCGGCUGCGGCCACAAUCGACCCCGUCCCUACCCCCGGGCCCGCAGCCGAUCGUCUUCCAGACCUUCACGCCGCGCACCCUCCUCAAGAACAACGGCACCGCCAACAACCCGGUCUACCUGGCCGUGCGGGGCAAGGUGUACGACGUCUCGUCGGGCCGCAACUUCUACGGGCCCGGCGGACCGUACGAGAACUUUGCCGGGCGCGACGCCACGAGGGGCCUGGCCUGCCAGAGCUUCGACGAGGAUAUGUUGACAAAGGACCUCGAUGGGCCGUUGGAUCCCUGUGACGACCUCACGCCCGAGCAGUUGGACAAUUUGAACGGGUGGAUCGAGAGGUUUGAUGAGAAGUACUUGGUGGUGGGCAAAUUGGUACCUUUCAAGAAGACCGACUUCCAUUAG